GGUUUGUUUUUGACAGCGAGAGAGUAUUGCAGAUAACAUGUCGUUGUCGUUGGUAUGGCUUCUGGCCAUCAUCCCCCUGAUUUUGUAUCUCUACAUCCGACGCAACGAUAAGCUUUUAUGCCAACUUCCCUCAGAGGCGCUCUCCUUCUCGCCAAAGCGGUUCACCCCAGACGUCGUGCGCGAUGCUGCGAGGAAGAUGGCAGAGUCGCCUGUGGUUGUGGACACCCUGCCGCGGACUGGACGUAGAUAUAUUGUCGUUGGUGGGGCCGGUUUCCUUGGAGGAUGGAUGGUCUUGCAUCUGCUUCAGCGAGGCGAAGACCCAAGACGAAUAAGAAUCAUAGACAUCCGCGCGCCGUCUCGACCUGACCUCAAGAAAGGAGAAGCACAAAAGGUCGCCUUUUAUCAAGCAGAUAUAUCCGAUGCAGCAGCCGUAGAGGCUGCAUUCAAAGCGCCAUGGCCUCCCUGCGACGCCGACGCCGGCCAACCAGAGCCUGAAAUCACCGUCUUCAACAGUGCCGCCAGUAUUCGCUUCUACGAACGUCAUACCGCUCUUGUCCCCCGUUCUGCCAAGGUCAAUCUCGAUGGCGUCCAGAACGUCGUCAAAGCAGCUUGCUCAGUCGGCGCCACUGUCCUCAUCUACACCUCAUCAGGAUCUGUCGCCGUUCAUCGAUCGCGAUUCUGGCUGUGGCCAUGGGAAAAGCAGCCCAAAUACUUUGUGCAAGUGCUCAACGACGAUGACAGCAUCGUGCCCAAACGUCACGAGCAGUUCUUUUCCAACUAUGCUGCAACAAAGAUACGAGGCGAGAGAGCUGUGCGGGCGGCAGAUAAGAGUGCUGCUGCUGGCCAGAAAACGUUGAGGACGGGCUGUAUUCGUCCUGGAAAUGGGAUAUUCGGCCCUGGUGGAGACAUUUUAUGUGGGGCCUACCUCGUCCGUAGGGACAAUCCUACGUGGGUGAACCACAUCCUACAAUCUUUUUCCUACGUAGAAAACUGCUCUCAAGCCCAUCUAUGCUAUGAGCGCCGCCUCAUAGAUCUCCACCAAGGAAGCUCAAACCCAGAUAUAGGAGGACAAGCUUUUACGAUCACAGAUACCGGACCUCCCGUCACAUUCGGCGAUUGCUACACUGCUCUAACUACCCUCUCCCCCGACCCGGUAUUUCCUGUCUUCUCUCCCACCGCCAUGCUGCUUCUCGCCCAUAUCCUUGAAUUUAUAUAUCUUUCACGAUUCUUCCUUUCAGAAUCGUCUUCUCAGCUAAUGCGCUUCUUCGCUCGGUUUAUACCCAAUAUUACGGGAGAUAUUAUUAAUUUGCAACCUUCGCUCUUUGCACUCACUUCGAUUCACUUGGUUUUUGAUGAUUCACGAGCCCGUCUUCCUCCAGCAAAGGGUGGUCUGGGCUACAACGGCUGCUUCACAUCUCUUCAGGGACUUUGUAAGACAGUCGACGAGCACAUCAAAGCUGGUGAAAGUGGAGAAGAACGUUCAUUGUCAGGCGGCAUCAGUUUCGGUUUUGGCCUCACGAAAGCUUCGAGAGGAGUAGACAAGGUGCAGAAGAAAGUUAGCGAGCAGUUACAGUUAGAUGCUGUGGGAGCCUUAAAUUAAUAUUAUUGGAAGCGACAUCUAUUGCAGAGGCUUGUCGAUACAAAUCAAGUUGUCAAUGGGAGUGUGGCAGUCAUGGAAAAGUCUGGCCUGCAGUGUCAUCGAUGGUUUGUUGAUGCUCUGACUUUGGUUGAAGUCAUAGUCAGUUUUUGAGCGCUCAGUGAUAUGACUCUUGAUAUGGCUCUUUGUAAGCACUCGGUUCUCGAU